AGUUUGCAUUAAAAAAAUUGAAAUGGUUUCAGAUGAAUUAAAAAGAAAUACACAAACUAUUGUAUAUAUUCAAAAACAAAAAGAUGAUCUUAAACAACUAUUGGGCCACUUAGAUGCAGGAAGAGAAAAAGAAGAAUAUAUCAUUAGAUCAACUUUCGAAGAAAUGAAAAGGGGCAGAAAAGAACUUGAAUUUUUGGUUGAAAGAAUCAAUGCACAAAAAAGACUUAUUGAUGAACUAGGAAGCUUGAACCCAAUGGUAGUACUUGCCAUGGAGGUCUACAAUAAACUUACUCAUCAAUUUGAUAAUUUAAAAAAACAUGUUGAAUUUAUAGAAGAAAGAAUGGAAAGUUUAAGAAGAUCAUUAGAUAUAUCAGCUCAAAAAGACAGAGAAUUAAAUGAAAACAUUGAUAAAAUUUCAAGAAAAAUCUACGAUCUUGAAAAGUUCCAAACUGAAUGUGAAGCAAAUAUCAAAUCUUUAGGUAUUGAACAUACAAAAAUUGAAGAUAUGCGUUUAUCUCUAAAAAAUUUCAAAAGUCGUUGUGAAAGUUUAUUAGAAACCAUAAAAAUGAAUAUUGAAUUCAAAGAUGAAAUGCUCAACACUCAACAAGAGAUUAUAAAUGAUAUCAAAAAGGCAUAUUCAAAAUAUGGAAAAGAUCUACCAAAAGGUUUAUUAAAUUAAAUAAAUAAAAUAAUAAAUAAAUAAUUAUUUCUAUUUUUUAUUUUAAAAUUUAAA